CUCUAUUUUCUUUUGCUUAUUAGUUAAUGAACCGCUAAAACAGCUCCCCGCCACCGCUUGCUCUAUUACUCCCCUUCUCAGAUCCUCACUCUUCACACUCCAACUCCCUCCAGUCUUCAACAACCGUCGGUGGAGCUCCACUUUCCGACGAUAAGAUCACAUUGUUUCAUUGGAAUUUCCCCUGGUUAACUGCAGCUGAUCUGUAUGUCAUUGCCAAUGCUGUUUUGUUUUCUCUAGUUUCGGGUUGAUCCGAUUAAUCGGCAGGGAAAUUGUGACGUCUGGUCUGCAGUCAUUUAGAAUUGGCCGUUGAUUGGUUUUUUAAGCUUGAGUCUAGCUUCGAGAUGGAAUGGCCCUAAUUUGCUGAUUGAUUUUGCAAUUUGUUUCUUGGACGAAUGAUUUGUGGGUCGUUUUAAUCUUCGUCUCUCGGGUCAAGGUUGUAGAGAUUUACUUGAAAACGGUUUGUGACUGUUCUGGGUUUUCUUUCUUACGCAAGAAAAUGCCGUCGGUCUUGCACCAAAGAUCCACUCACAGCUCACUUGCAAAUUCAUAUCCACUUUCUCCUCGUUCUUCCUCGAGUUCUGAAAGAUCAUUUUCCAUAUUCAGUCCUAUAAACCUACUUGCUCUGCUUUCUCUCAUUGUGAUUCUUGGAGUCUUCUUGCCCUGGAUGAAUAUACAAGAGAGUAUUUUCUCAAGCUCCAAGGUCUCAAACUCUAAAUGGCGAGAGUACUCAUUGGCUGAAGCUGCGUCGUUCGUUGCGAGGAAUGGGACUGUGAUUGUUUGCGCUGUCAGCCAACCCUACUUGCCCUUUCUCAAUAAUUGGUUAAUUAGUCUUUCUCGGCAGAAGCACCAUGAGAAAGUUCUUGUUAUUGCUGAGGACUAUGCAACGCUCUAUAAAGUGAAUGAACGGUGGCCAGGGCAUGCAGUGCUCGUCCCACCAGCUCCUGAUGCUCAAACCGCUCAUAAAUUUGGUUCUCAGGGAUUCUUCAACUUCACAUCCCGGAGACCACGACACCUACUACACAUUUUGGAGCUUGGUUAUAAUGUUAUGUACAAUGAUGUUGAUAUGGUAUGGCUGGCUGAUCCAUUUCCUUAUCUGCAAGGGAAUCAUGAUGUGUACUUCACAGAUGACAUGGCUGCAGUAAAACCAUUGCACCACUCUCAUGAUUUGCCACCUCCGGGGAAAAAGGGCCGCACUUACAUAUGCAGCUGCAUGAUUUUCCUACGUCCCACCAGUGGAGCAAAACUGGUCAUGAGGAAGUGGAUUGAGGAACUUAAAGCUCAGCCAUGGUCCAAGGCAAAGAAGGCAAAUGAUCAACCUGCUUUCAAUUGGGCACUAAAUAAAACUGCUGGAGAGGUGGAUCUAUACCUGCUGCCACAGUCAGCAUUCCCAACAGGUGGAUUAUACUUCAAGAACGAAUCAUGGGUUCAGGAAACCAAGGGAAUGCAUGUUAUUAUACAUAAUAAUUAUAUCACAGGGUUUGAGAAGAAAAUUAAACGUUUCCGAGAAUUCAACCUGUGGUACGUGGAUGAUCAUACUCUCGAGUCUCCUCUUGGUCGAAUAUGAGAAAUUAAUAGAUGUUAUCACAAUUCUUCCCGCAAUACAAGAUCAAAUCCUACGGGUAAGCUAUCCUCAACCACAAACUAUUAUCAUGGCAAAGAAUUUUAGCUGAGAUAACUCAAAUGGCCUCAAUGUUAUUUCAAUCCAAAUUGGUUCCUGCAAGAAGAAACGGAUUUUAUACAAACCUUCAAAUGACCCAACAAAUGUCUAAUAAGUAAAUAUAAAGGUGUAACUUCCUAAUAUGUCAAAUUACAUAAUGGGUUACUAGCUCGAGUAAUCUAAUAAAUGUGUAUAGAUGAAACAUUUUGGUCGAGGAGAUUGAACUUCUUACAUAGCAAGCGGCCAAAGUCGGUUCGAUAUAAGAGGAAAUUUUCGAUAGAUUGGACAUCUUUAUUGAUAUGGGUACUUUUUGUGAAACCAAAUGCAAAAGUUAUGAGAGUUUGUGGUUGUAGUAAA